UCGUAGUGGCAGUUAGGUCCAAGAUGGCGGCAAUGUUAGCCCUUCGCGGCCUCUCUAGAAACUGUGGGGUGGCGUCACGGUUCGGGGCACUACGACUAAAUGGCUUGUACAGGGUGACCUCGCGACCCGUCCUGCCAGCCACAUGCACCCAGGCCCUGCCCCCUAGUCAGCCACAGCAGCUCCUGGCCACCUCCACUAUGCGGCCAGCAGCCCCAGAGAUUGAGCAGGCUGGCCAUGACCAUGUUCUGCACUGGACGGCCGAGAGGAUUCUGACGCUGGUGCUGAUGGGCGUCAUCCCGGCGGCCUUCAUCUGGCCCACCCCGUCCAUCGAGUACCUCAUGGCCCUGUCCCUCACACUGCACUCUCAUUGGGGAGUGGAGGCCAUAGUGGUGGACUACAUAAGACCCUCAGUGUUCGGCAAGAUCAUCCCCAAGCUGGCCGUCGGUGCUGUGUACGCCCUAUCCAUCGCGACGCUUGGUGGGCUCUGCUACUUCAUCUACACUGACGUGGGCAUCAUCAAUGCCGUCAAGCUCCUGUGGAAACUAUAAUGUCAUCCAACACCCUUCCCUAAUCCUCCUCCUUGCCUCUCUGCCUCCCACUUCCCUUUCUGUACUAUUUGAGUGAGCUCUUCUCCAUACUACUGCCGGGGUGCAGCUAAACUAAGUAGAGAUUGCUAGCCAUGUUUUUUUGUUAAUUUAUGCUGGUUUGUCAUUGUCUUUUGUAAAUAAAUUGUAUCGAAAGAGGGAGGUUCGAUUUGAUCUUGGGUCUGUCUCUCUGGAUCAGUGAAGGUUUACACUACAUAUUGAUUGAAGUCAUAUCAUAAGUUAAAGGAAUUACUAAUACUGUCUCUAAGAGCAGAGCAGAGGCGAUGGAGGCUUGUCUUUCAUACAGGAACCAUCUGAGGAGAAAGUGUUUGAAAAGUAUCAGUUAGAUUCCUACUUCAUGGAUAAUUUUUCAGUCAUGAGUGGAGUCUUGUCUUUCAUGCACCAGCUGUCCGAGGAAAUUAAGUUAAGCUAAACACACUAAUAUUUGCUCUGGUUUACUCCCCAAGUGUUACAGGGGAAACACUGUAAAACUGCUGUUCGUUCAUUGUACAUUCCUUUAAUAGUCAUGGCAUAGAUACUUGUUAAAAAGGUGAUCUAUGAUGAACUUCUCUAACAAAACUAGUGCACUGAAGCCAUCAUCACAAGUCUACACUCGCACAAGGAAUUCUGGGCCAAACUAGGAGUUCAGGAAGCGAACAGCAGCUUUAGGAAAGAAACGCUCCCGGUGAAAGUAAAACAAACUCGGUGACACACAGGCUUAUAUGAAGUAGUUUGGCUGCUGUCUAGGAAAGAUAAGUUACAUACGUACAUACACUGUGCCCUCGUAUGAAGAGCUUUGGGGGAUGUGUAGGGAAAGAUGGAAGUUGCAGACAUAUAUACACAGGCUCACAAACUGCUUCGGGUUCUGUCUAGGGAAAGAUGGAAGUCAUGUACAUAUACACAGUGCCUUUAUACUCGUCUUGAUGGUCUAGAGACAUUGAACUUGUAGCGCAACUGACUUGUUCACUCACUUUUGCAUGAGGCAAUCACUCAACACAGGCACUUGGCUGAAACCCUGGACAGCACCUUAAGCACUCUAGUUGGCUAUGAUGCAAGCACUAGAUGGGUGGUGGUAGUGACUUGAGAGAUGGGAUGAAAUAUGAGUGUUUCUGAGUGACUAGUAAUGAGCAAUGAAUCUAUUGUCUUAUAUAAAGUUCAGCUUUUGAGUUUUCAUAUAACUUGCUUGGUACUCAUGCUCAAAUUGAACCCUUUAUUUCAACUACUCUGCUCCUUCACUCCAUUCCAGUACAUUUCCUUCACCUCUGCCUGGCCACCCCACCAUGAAGCAUAACAAAACAAUAAUUCCAAAGGGUGAAUGCUGAGAAAUGUUCCUCCUUGGCUGGGAUAUGGCUUGUCUUUUGUUACUAUUUCUAUGUUAUUUCUACACCACCAAGAAAAGUAUACUGACAAUGGCAUUUCCUGGCCUUGUUCAAUGUUCACUUCUUCACUGUUGAAAGUGUUGACUGAAGUUGUUUCUUGAGAGCAGCAUUGAAACAUUAGUAUGUCAAUACAAUGUGACAAACUUGCAGCCUCCACACUCAACACUUGCAUCCUAGCUGAGAGAACACAGGAACACACACACAACUGUGUGUUAACUGGGAGAAGAUAAGAACACGCUCCACUCUUUGCCUGGGCCAUGGGAGGAGAUGGAAACACACACCACUUUGUUUUAACAAAGAGAAGAUAGUCAUGGGAAGGUAGUUUUAAGUACAUCUCUAAAUUAAUAAACCUUGUCACUGCUUCCCUGGAUUACUGAACAUCUAAAAAUUACUGCUCGUCUCUCCUUGGUUGUCUUAGAACAAUACUAUGCACACCUGUGCACAUGUAAAUCUGGAGGUAUGCAUAAAAAGUCAAGAAAGAACUCAUCUGAAUAAUAGGACACUCAUACAAACCUCAAUGAUAACCAAUACAUCAACAGUUCAUCUCAUCACUCAAACCAAGAGCUUCCAUCGCCCCUACUUCAUGCUGAGUGUUAAGUGAGGAGGCUACACCACCACAGAAACAUAACAGCUUAAUGCAUCCCAACUCGUGUCCCUCUUCUCUGCCUCCAUUCCUUCCAUCUGUGUGUGUAUGUGUGACUGCUGCAGGAGAAGGCACCAGUAACAUCACUAUCACCAUUAACACAACCACCACACAACUACAUCCUCCUUGUCUCUGAGGUGCAAGGCAGACAAGGAGGUUGUUUAAGUAAUUGACUUAUUUUUUCUAUUCCACUGCUGCCAGAAACUCAGCAAAUUAUUGUAGAUAAGACUGAAGGCAAAGAAUUUAUGUAUCAGUGGAAUUUAUAAUGAUUUUUUUUACUUAUUAUUUUUUUUCUGCACUGGAUUGAUUGUACAUAUAUGAAUAAAGUAUCGGAAUUGUUA